GAGGUGGGCCGCUGUAUUGUUGCAGAGCUUGUGGGAAGUAGGGGUUUGAUUUCCGCUUCUGGGUGAGAUUGCAUGCGCCCUCUUAAACGCUUUCUAGGGUUUUUCUACUUCUCUUCUAGAUUUUCCAAAAGAGAAGAAGUUUUCUUGUAGAGUCAGAUUACUUGUUUAAGAAAUGGAAAAUCAAAAUUCUGCAAAAGAGGAGGUGGAUGAACUCCCUCUUCCUCCUCCUGUUGUGCCAUCCAAUGUAGCUCCUAUUAAAGUUCAGAAUGACAUUCCUUCGAGUGAGCCCUUGAAGAAGAAAAGGGUACCAAUGUCUCGGCCUGGUUUUGCUCGGAAAGGCCAGCCCAUAUCUCUGUUAACAAAUCACUUCAAAGUUUCUACUCGGAAUGUUGAUGAUUUCUUCUUUCACUACAGUGUUAACCUAAAAUAUGAAGACGAUAGACCUGUGGAUGGGAAGGGAAUUGGUAGAAAGGUGGUAGAUAAGAUGCAACAAACUUAUGAUACUGAGCUCGGAAAGAAGGGCCUAGCUUAUGAUGGCGAAAAGACUUUGUUCACAAUUGGCCCUCUUCCCCAGAUCAAGAAUGAGUUCACUGUCAUACUUGAUGAUAUGCCUUCAAAGAGAAAUGGUAGUCCUGGUGGAAAUGAUAGUCCUGGUGAAGGAGAGCGUAAGCGUGCUAGGCGCUCCUAUAAUGCAAAGACUAUCAAAGUUGAGCUUAGCUUUGCAGCUAAAAUCCCAAUGCAAUCCAUUGCGCUGGCCUUGAAGGGCCAAGAGACUGAAAACACGCAGGAAGCAUUACGAGUACUUGAUAUUAUUCUACGACAACAUGCUGCCAAGCAGGGUUGCCUGCUUGUACGCCAAUCAUUUUUUCACGAUAAGCCAUCCAAUUAUACAGAUUUGGGUGGUGGAGUUAUGGGAUGCAGGGGGUUUCACUCAAGUUUCCGCCCUGUUCAAGGCGGCCUGUCCCUAAAUAUUGAUGUGUCUACUACAAUGAUUGUAAGACCUGGGCCUGUUGUUGAUUUCCUUAUUGCGAAUCAAAAUGUGAGGGACCCAUUUCAAAUUGACUGGGCAAAAGGAAAGCGGAUGCUAAAAAAUUUGCGAGUGAAGGUUGGAAACUUAGAAUACAAGAUAGUUGGUUUAAGCGAUUUACCAUGUGAUCAGCAGAUGUUUACUCUUAGGCAGAAAGGUGAUGGGGACAACGCCAUGGAGAUUACUGUACAUGAAUAUUUUGUGAGACAUCGGGGGAUACCAUUGAGUUAUUCUGGUGGACUCCCUUGCAUUAAUGUUGGAAAGCCAAAACGACCAACAUAUUUCCCCAUUGAGCUUUGCAAUCUGGUCUCUCUGCAAAGAUACACAAAAGCAUUGACAGUUAUUCAGCGGUCAGCUCUUGUUGAAAAAUCAAGGCAAAAGCCUCAAGAAAGAAUGUCAUCUUUAAAUAAUGCUUUGAAAUACAGUAAUUAUGAUGCUGACCCUAUGUUGAAAGCAUGUGGAAUUUCUAUCAACACCAACUUUACCCAAGUUGAUGGUCGUGUGUUGCAGGCUCCCAAGUUGAAGGUUGGAAAUGGUGAAGAUUUUCUACCCAGAAAUGGUCGAUGGAAUUUCAAUAAUAAGAAAUUAAUGGCCCCUACCAAAGUAGAGCGAUGGGCUGUUGUCAACUUUUCUGCUCGUUGUGAUAUUAACAAUCUCAUAAGGGACCUUAUCAAAUGCGGAAAUAUGAAAGGAGUUCUUGUUGAACAGCCAUUUGAUGUUUUUGAAGAGAGUCCUUCCAUGAGGAGGGCCCCUCCUCCUACAAGAGUGGAUGACAUGUUUGAACAAAUUAGAACCAAACUUCCUGGUGUGCCAAAGUUUCUUCUUUGCCUUUUGUCUGAGAGAAAAAAUUCUGACGUCUAUGGACCGUGGAAGCGUAAAUGCCUUGCAGAGUUUGGAAUUGUAACACAAUGCAUUGCGCCCAUUAGAGUUAAUGAUCAAUAUUUGACAAAUGUGCUGUUAAAGAUUAAUGCAAAGCUUGGUGGCUUAAACUCACAAUUACAAAUAGAAAAUACUCCUGCUAUUCCAAUCAUCUCAAGGGCUGCAACAAUUAUUUUAGGAAUGGAUGUCUCGCAUGGUUCUCCAGGACGAUCUGAUGUGCCUUCAAUUGCUGCAGUUGUUAGUUCAAGGCAGUGGCCAUUGAUUUCGAAGUAUAGGGCAUCAGUAAGGACGCAAUCAUCCAAGGUUGAAAUGAUUGAUUCCUUAUUUAAACCAACAGCAGAAGAUGAUGAUGGUAUAAUUAGGGAGUUGCUUAUUGAUUUCUAUACAAGUUCUGGGAAGAGAAAGCCAGAUCAAAUAAUUAUUUUCAGGGAUGGAGUGAGUGAGUCUCAAUUCAAUCAGGUUUUGAACAUCGAGUUGGAUAAAAUUAUUGAGGCUUGCAAGUUUCUUGAUGAACAGUGGUCCCCUAAGCUUACGUUGAUGAUUGCGCAGAAAAACCACCAUACAAAAUUUUUUCAGUCUGGUGGCUCUCCUGACAAUGUUCCACCGGGGACUGUAGUUGACAAACAAGUUUGUCAUCCCAAAAAUUAUGACUUCUACAUGUGCUCACAUGCUGGAAUGAUUGGUACUAGCAGGCCUACUCACUAUCAUGUCUUGUUAGAUGAAAAUGGUUUCAGUCCUGAUGAUCUUCAAGAGCUUGUCCAUUCACUUUCUUAUGUAUAUCAAAGGAGCACAACUGCAAUAUCUGUAGUGGCGCCCAUAUGUUACGCCCAUCUUGCGGCAGCGCAAGUUGGCCAAUUCAUGAAAUUCGAGGACAAGUCUGAAACAUCUUCGAGCCAAGGGGGGAUGACUGCCGCUGGUGCGGCGCCCGUACCUGAACUCCCACGCCUCCAUGAGAAUGUUAGGAGUUCAAUGUUCUUUUGCUAGGAAGAGCGCGGUUCACAUUACUUCAGUUGCCACCUAUAAUUUGAUGCGUGCUUUGGCACGUUUCUCAGGAACUUGUGCAGGAGAUUGUUUUAGUUGUAUUUUGUUUGGAACAAUCUCGACUUACUUACCCUUCGGCCCGCACAGUGGGGGUAAUGAACAGCUUUAUCUCAUCAGUUAGUUGUCACGAAACUAGUUUAUUCUGCUAAUGACUUCUAUCUAGUACAGUAGCUUAUUUUUUGGACUCGUUGAGUUACUGUAUUUUUAGCUAGUAGUUUUGCUAUCAGAUAGAUCUUAUGAUGUUUAGCACUGUCUUAAACUUACGGAUGAACUUAACGGGAAAUGUUGAAACUAAAUCUUCAAAAUUAAGCAUUGUGAAUGACAUGGUUUUGUACAA